AUGGAGCAUGGAAGUUCCUCAUUUAACAACAACGUUCAACACAAGCAAGCUAUGGUAAGGAGUCCAACAAAAAAUGAGGAAUUGCGUCUUCCUGUUAGAAAUAUGACAAGAAUCAUGCAACGUGCUCUUCCAUCAUACGCAAAAAUAUCUCAAGAUGCUAAGGCAUCAACACAAAUGUUCAAUCCAUCAUCUGCUAUUCGUUUCUUGACGAAAUCCAUUAAAAGCAAAUUGGAUUGGUUUUGUCCUACAUGGGGACAUGCAUCUCUUGACCAGAAGUUGUUAUGGUUUACUGAAUUUAAGAAGUAUUGUAAAUGGCAUCCUAAAUAUGAUGCUAAGAUUCGACAAAUUUUUGAAAUCAAGGGAGAAGCUAGAUUCAGAGGUAUGAUGUUUCAAGAGAGAAAAAAUUAUGCAAAAAAUUCUGAAUACAGGCCAAAGUACAUCCCUGAGCCAGUAUGGAAUCAAUUAAUACAUUAUUGGGCAUCCGAUAAAAAUUUUAAGAAUUUAUCAGUGGCAAACACUGCAAAUCGUGCUUCAACUCAAGGUAGCUCCAUUCAUACUGCUGGUUCUAUAUCUAUGGGUGAGAAGGAACGUAGGAUGGAGAAUGAAACAGGAGUCAAGCCUCCAGUGGAGGAGGUAUUUGCUAUUUGCCAUAUCAGAAAGGAUAAGAAAUGGGUUGAUAGUAGAGCUGAGCAUGCCUAUGGAGCUUUUAAGAAGAGAAAAGCAGAGCUUUUGGAAAUAUCUAUGUCUCAAAAUCAAGAGGAAGAAGGAUUGUCUUCCGAAAGCCAUAAUAAUAUGCCAGAUGACUUGACUAUUUGGAAGGAAGUAGCUCCUAAAGGUAAAAAAGGAAAAUUAUAUGGUUUAGGUUCUAUAGGAACAAAUACUUCGAAGUAUACUAUUGGUUCAUGCUCGAAUGUCUUUAAGGAAAAAAACAUGGAACAAGAGCUCUUAAAAUGGAAAGAAAAGGUAAAAGAGCAAGAACGUAUAAACCAAGAGCAAAAACAAAAAUUAGAGCAGCAACAAAAAAGAAUUGAGUCAAAUGAAAGCAUGCUUGCAACUUUAUUUGAAAAGUUGAAUAUGCCAUUGCCUCCAAACUUUGCUUGUGCGACACCUAUGCAAGAUGAACCAAAUGAUGUUGGUGAAGCCUCUAAUGAAAACAAUGAUGAUAAUUUUGGAUUUGAAUGAUAAGUUUGGCCCAACUGAUUUUCUGUUGUUCAACUGUUUUGUGGUUGUUGCUACCAGUUUCCCUGUUUUUUUUUUUUUUGAUGAAUUAUGUGUUUGACUACUAUUGUCUUGUAUUUGGCUUUGUCAUGGGAGUUCCUUUUGGUUGGAGUUAUGUUGUCUCCCCUAUCCCUGCUAGUGCACUUCAUUGUGUUACUUUUAUUGUUGAGUAUUGACUAAUGAACAAUUUAGCCAUGUUAGUUUGUGAUAUACUGAGUUAGAACAUUGAGCACUUA